UAUAUAUAUAUCCAUUCGCACAUACAUAUAUACAAUACACACACACACACACAUAUAUAUAUCCAUUCGCACAUAUAUAUAUAUAUACAAUACACACACACACACAUAUAUAUAUACACACAUACACACUCAUAGAUGCAUACGGGACAUUAAAAGCUAACAUUAUCAUAUAAUUAUCAAGCCAUCGUCAACAUUAUCGUCAUCUUUCAACUCUGCCCUUAUAACUAUUAUUAUUAUUGUUGUUGUUACUGUCGUCGUCGUCAUCAUCGUCUCGAUGGAGAGAAAGAUAAAGAAGAAGAAGCAAGCCGUUGGCUUAGCUUAUUUCAUGAGACAAUUACAAAAUAGGAAAUCACAGGGCCACGCGAAAUUGCCACCGGUCACCAUGGAUGGCGACGAGAACCCGGUUCUUAAAACCCUCAGGGAAAACGUCAUAGGGUCGGACCUGAUAGUCAAUGGCCCCUACGGGCCAGUCAAAGUUAUCUACUGUGAUUUUACAGCAUCAGGAAGGUCGAUGAAGUUCAUUGAAGAUUACAUAAAUGAAUAUGUGCGACCAUUCUACGGCAACACACAUACAACCACCAGUAUAGUCUCCAGACAGACGACCAAGUUCAGGGACGAGGCCAGACAAAUUAUCAAGAACUGUGUGAAUGCCACAGAUGACGAUGUGGUCAUCUUCUGUGGUGCUGGCUGCACUGGUGCCAUACACAAGCUGAUCGGUGGACUGGACAUACAGGAACACGAGAAGGAGAAAACAGUUGUUCUCAUUGGACCUUAUGAACAUCACUCCAAUAUUCUACCCUGGCAAGAACUGGGCAUUGAGAUUCGUCGAAUUCGUGAAGACCUGCGUGGUUGUAUUGACAAGGAUAACUUAGAGGAACUCCUCAAGUCGUUCAGUGAGAGAAACUACCAGAUCAUCACGGCUUUCUCGGCUGCCAGUAACGUGACUGGCAUCAUCACAGACACGGUGGCCAUUGCCAGGAUGGUGCACAAAUAUAAGGCCUACAGCUUCUGGGACUUUGCAUCUGCAGGUCCUUACUUGAAGAUCGAUAUGAAUCCAGCCCCUGAUGCUACAAAAGAUGCUGUAUUUCUGAGUCCACACAAAUUCCUCGGUGGACCAGGCACUCCAGGUAAGCGACACUUAACUGUUAUUCUUCUGCGCUACAACCACAACACUCACACACCACCAACACCACUACAAUUACUACAAUACAACCGCUUCACCCCAUCACCACUGCUAUGCACAUACCGCUCCAUCUACUAGAGCCUAUACAACAUA